CUUGUAUAGAAACCCCAACCUCAGAUUCUUGCUCUCUGAAAUUCCGAAAACAGAAAAGAAAGAGAGAUUAAAUAAGAUCUCUCUCUCUCUCUCGCGAAAAUCGGAUCGGAGAAAACGAAGCAGUCACUGCAGCGGAACGAUGGUGUCGACGAGGAGCAGCUCAGCUUCUUCCAAGCAUCCUUUAAACCUCACUUCUCCCAAUACCAAACGCUCCAAGAUGGAUAUUCCACCACCGCCAGACGAUGCCGGCAACACCAGUUGUACACUUCAGAGCGAUUUGUCUUCUCUUCAAGAAGGCCCUCAGCUUCCCUCCGAUCCGACCCCUGUCAGCGUGCUGAAGGAGAAAUCUAACCAGGGCACCGACAGAUGUGGUGAACCGGCACUGUCCUCAUCUUUAGUCUGUUCAUUGGCAGAUGUGGAGAGACUGCCAGAAGAAACGAUGUCCGAUUCUGCAUUGAAACGGCUGCAGAAAGUGGCGGUGGCAAAAUUUCGGUCAAACAUUGCUUGGGGGAAGCUUCUUUCGCAGUGCCCUAAGAAUCCUCACCUGCUUAUCAGCCACUCUCCUUUCACUGUGGGUCAAAGUCGGCAAUGCAAUUUAUCAUUGAGUGACCCAUCUAUCAGUACAGUUCUAUGUAAAUUGAGUCAUGUAGAGGGACAGCAUGAAGGUGCAUCAAUUGCCUUGCUUAAAAUCUCUGGGAGUAAGGGUGUUGUCCAAGUAAAUGGAAAGAUCAUUGAGAAAAAUUCGACUAUUACCCUCAGCGGAGGGGAUGAAGUGGUUUUUAGUUCUUCCGGCACUGGCGAUCAUGCAUAUAUUUUUCAGCAACUCACAAAUGAGAACUUAACUACUCCAGCUGCUCCUUCGUCAGUUAGAAUAACAGGAAAUCAGAGUGCACCUAUUGAAGAAAUUCACCUUGAAUCAAGGUCAAGAGAUCCUUCAGCUGUUGCAGGAGCCUCGAUAUUGGCAUCUCUAUCAAGAAAAGAUUUGAAAGUUCUUCCCUCAGCAGCCACCCCAAACAAUGAUGAUAUCCAACAAGAAUUGGAAAGGGCUUCACUGCCUUCCACAUGUGCAGCAUCAGACAGCUGUAUUCCAGACCUUUACGUCAAUUGCCACGUUAAGAAAGGUAGUUCUGAACAGAAAGCAGGGGCUAGUGUUCCUUCUAGUGACAAAGCUGCCGCUCUCUCAUCUGACCUUGCUGCCAAUGAAACCUUCAAUCUUGAUGGCAUUGGUUUGGAUGCACCUCUAGAUGAGGAAAUAGGAAAGAUUUCUCGGACUAGUUAUGAAUUGAGACCACUUCUGCAUUUGCUUGCUCGGUCAUCUGCUUCUGAGUUGGAUGUGAAUGGUCGCUUGGUCAAAGCUUUUGGUAGGAGGAUGGCAUUCCUCAAGGAUUUUGAUUUGUCAACUGUUUUGCCCUCGACCAGAUGCCAAGCUUGCAAGGAUAGUUUACAACAAGGCAUUCUCAACGGCAGUGAUAUCCAAGUCUCCUUUGAUGAUUUUCCUUACUAUCUGAGUGAGAAUACGAAAAAUGUGUUGAUUUCAGCCACAUAUAUACACUUGAAGCAUAAGGAAUUUGCAAAAUACACACCAGACCUCCCUACUGUAAGCCCACGGAUAUUGUUAUCGGGUCCUGCAGGAUCUGAAAUAUACCAAGAAACCUUGGUAAAGGCACUUGCCAAACAUUUUGGUGUUAGAUUGCUUAUACUUGAUUCUCUCUUGUUACCCGGGGGACAAUCUAUGAAGGAUUCAGAAUCCCUGAAAGAAGGUCACAGGACAGAAAAAACAGGCACUUUUGCUAAACACCGAGUUGGACAGGCAGGUAAUAUAAACCCCAGGAGACCAGCUUCUAGCAUAGAGGCUGAUAUUGUGGGCACAUCUACAUUUAAUUCUCAGUCUCUACCGAAGCAGGAGUUAUCGACGGCAUCAUCCAAGAUGUACACAUUCAAAACAGGUGAUAGAGUAAGAUAUGUGGGUCCACUACAUUCAUCUGGAUUUCCUCCUCUUCAUGCUUCUCAAAGGGGCCCCACUUAUGGUUAUCGAGGUAAAGUAGUCUUUGCUUUUGACGAUAAUGGAUCCCCUAAAGUUGGAGUUAGAUUUGAUAAAGCAAUACCAGAAGGUAACAAUCUUGGUGGCAUUUGUGAAGAAGAUCAUGGUUUCUAUUGCUCUGCUGAUUUACUCCGUCCAGAUAGUUCUGGAGGUGAUGGUAUUGACAAGCUUGCCACUAAUGAACUGUUCGAGGUUCUGUCCAGUGAAAGUAAAAGAGGUCCUUUGAUAUUGUUUAUGAAAGACAUAGAGAAGUCUAUCGCAGGCAAUCCAGAUGCACAUGCAACUUUCAGGAGAAAUCUUGAGAAUCUACCAGAGGGUGUUGUUGUGAUUGGUUCCCAUACUCUCAUAGACGGCCGUAAGGAGAAGUCACAUCCUGGUGGGCUUCUUUUUACAAAAUUGGCAAGCAACCAAACGGCACUGCUUGACUUAGCUUUCCCGGAUAACUUGAGUAGGCUACACGAGAGAAGUAAAGAAAUCCCAAAGACAAUGAAGCAACUCACCAAACUUUUUCCAAAUAAAGUGACUAUACAACCACCACAGGAUGAAUCCCUACUUUCAAAUUGGAAACAGCAAUUGGAUCGUGAUGUUGAAACUCUUAGGGCAAAGUCGAACAUUCUUAACAUUCACUCGGUUCUAAACCGCAAUGGAUUGGAAUGCAGUGACCUUGAAACACUAUGCAUAAAAGAUCAAGCACUCUCAAAUGAAAGCGUGGAGAAGGUAGUUGGUUGGGCCCUGAGUUAUCACCUUAUGAACAAUACAGAAGUCUCUGCCAAAGAUGCCAAGAUUGUGAUUUCCAGUGAAAGCAUUAAGUAUGGGCUCAACAUUCUACAGGCUAUCCACAGUGAGUCUACAUGUUUGAAGAAAUCACUCAAGGAUGUCAUAACUGAGAAUGAUUUUGAGAAGAGACUUUUGGGUGAUGUUAUUCCACCUAGUGAUAUUGGAGUUACCUUUGACGACAUCGGAGCCUUAGAAAAUGUGAAGGACACAUUGAAGGAAUUGGUGAUGCUUCCUUUGCAGAGGCCAGAAUUAUUUUGCAAAGGGCAACUGGCUAAGCCUUGCAAGGGAAUAUUGCUCUUUGGUCCUCCAGGCACAGGGAAAACAAUGCUGGCAAAAGCAGUUGCAACAGAGGCAGGUGCCAAUUUUAUCAACAUAUCAAUGUCAAGCAUUACUUCGAAGUGGUUUGGUGAAGGGGAAAAGUAUGUCAAGGCAGUUUUUUCUCUAGCAAGUAAAAUAGCUCCUAGUGUUGUUUUUGUUGACGAGGUUGAUAGCAUGUUGGGCAGAAGAGAAAAUCCUGGAGAGCAUGAAGCCAUGCGUAAGAUGAAAAAUGAGUUUAUGGUAAAUUGGGACGGUCUCCGUACGAAAGAUAAGGAACGUGUGUUGGUCCUUGCUGCCACCAAUAGGCCUUUCGACCUUGACGAGGCUGUUAUAAGGAGACUUCCUCGAAGGUUGAUGGUAAACUUACCAGAUGCCCCAAACAGAGAAACCAUUCUUAAAGUAAUAUUGGCUAAAGAAGAUCUGGCACCUGAUGUCGAUUUGGAAGCUCUGGCAAAUAUGACAGAUGGAUAUUCUGGAAGUGAUUUGAAGAACCUCUGUGUUGCUGCUGCACACCGUCCCAUACGAGAAAUUCUGGAGAAGGAAAAGAAGGAAAGAAGCUUGGCAUUAGCAGAGGACAGGCCACUGCCUGUGCUUCACAGCAGUGCAGAUAUCCGUGCCUUGAACACGAAUGACUUCAGACACGCUCAUGAGCAGGUGUGUGCAAGCGUGUCAUCAGAGUCUACAAAUAUGAGUGAACUUCUACAAUGGAAUGAGCUGUAUGGAGAAGGCGGCUCAAGGAAGAAGAGUGCCCUCAGCUACUUCAUGUAGGAGGUACCAAUUUGUACAGCCCCCCAAACCCUUUUUCUUUUCUUCUUCUUCUUCUUCUCCUUCUUCUUCUUUUUUUUUUUUUUUUUUUUUUUUUUUUUUCCAUUUUAAAAUUAUUUUCUUACACCUUCCUGUGGAGCCCCACCCCUGAUAAGUGGUUAAUAUUGAUGGGUAUUCCAUCUCAGGUUCCCAUGUAUUAUAUAUAUGAUCGAGAUUUUACUCUUGAGUAUUUAUAUAAAAGAAGAAAAAGAUUCUACCUCAGAGUAUUUAUAUAUAAAAAAAAAAGUUGACUUAUUUCA